AAUAAUGUCACGUUAACUUCUUAUAUUGAAGUACUUGAUCAAAAAGCUAAUGAAUAUAACAAAUAUGCAAUAUGUCUAGCUUGUCUAGAGAUAAAAGAACAUCUUUAUGCACUUGAAAAACAGUUUACAAAUACUAAAAAAUGUUGCAAAGAUCAUUUUAAAAAAUGCGAAUUUUUUAAGCAAAAAUAUGGUGAAAAUGAAGCACAGGCAAUUGUAAAUAAUAUAGAUAGUGAAGCAACAAUGCAAAAACGUCAAGGAAAAAGAUUUCGUAUACAACAAGAUAAUAAUGAAUCAAUUAUCUUAGCUCAGUCAUAUUAUAUCUCAUUAUCAAGUUAUGCAUCAAGUUCAUUAUCUGCUAAUGCUCAAAAUUUGCAUACAAUGGCCAAAUCUUUAAGUAAUAGACCAUUAGAUAAUUUUGCUCUUUGCUAUUUUACAGAAAAUAAUUUAGAUAGAUUCAAUUAUUUGUUAUUGAAAGCAACAAUUUCAAAUGGGUGGACACGAUAUGAACCUCAAAAUGAUAUUGACGAAGAAUUAAUUGAAGAUAAUGAUAAUAACUUGGUAUUAUUUAGUUAUAUUUGUAAUCCAAUUAAUGAUUCUAAAUUUUGGCAAAAUAUAGCAAUUAUUAAACAACUUCUUUUACCAUAUUGUGGUUGUUUAAAUAUUUUACAACGAGAUAAAGCAUGUUUUUAUAAUAUAAUUCAUUCUUUUGGAUACUUUUAUCAAUUUUUAUCCAAACUUUCUAAUACACAAUUUAGUGUUCUUCACCCCAAAUAUCGUCUUGAUAAGUUCAAUAAUAAUUUAGUAUAUUUGAACUGGGUUAAUUUAAGUGAAUAUUUACUUUAUUAUUAUAUUGCUUGGACAGGUACUACACCAACAACUUAUCAAAACCAUGAACUUCAACAAAUUAAACAAAUGCAUGAUUCUACAAUAACUACUACAUUACACAAAGCUAAUGAAGGUCUAACCCAAGAACUAGAAGUACUAACAAAUGAUAUAGACCAAGACACUGAUAGCGAAGAUGAAUCACAAAUGCUUAGUGAGUUAUUUGCUGAAAAGUUAGAUCUGCCUUCUUAUAUUAAUGAAAU